GACGAGGAGAGCCCGUACACGUAACAAACUAAAGUUCUCGUGAAAAGUUGAGCUGCUUCUACGCCCUACUGCUAUUAUAGCAGCUCUGUCUCUCGUCCGUUUGUCCGUCUGUACGUGUGUUGUUCGACCGUUUUGCCCAUACCUACCGGGUUUCGAGCCAGGAAAAUCGUUCGUCUACGUUAUACCCCGUGCAAAGUAGCUCGAGCGGGCUUCAAAUAAUAAUCAGGAUUAAGUAAAGCGAUUGUUGAACACACCGACCCGGUUCCCGAUCCAUCUGUCCGCAACGAUUAUCGAGUGCGCUGAAAUUUUAACACAAAGUUCACCGUCGCCGCUUCGCUCCAUUUUUCCUUCAUUUUGCAAUUUUCUCCAACGAGCAAAAAAUAAAUAAAUCGCACGGCUGCUGUUUCCUACCCGUGGUGCGACGUUUUCGAAAAAUCGUACGAUACUUACAGUGUGCCUAGCGUCGCAAGUUUUUUUUAUCGUCGGCAAUAAUUCCUGCACGUCUUCGACUCGGUUCCUCGAAUCAAUAUCAAUUUUUCACCUCUGGGUGCGGACGCCAGGAUUAUUCCGCACCUCGAAUUCGCCUACGACGGAAAUACCUUGAUUCGUCGUGUCGAUCCUCAUCUCUGACAAAAGUUGCUCGACCACGGAUCACAAGCACAGGUGGUUCCAGGGUGGGACGUCGAGGUGACCGACGUCUCUGCGGGGUGGCGAAUUACAGGGAGCGGAAGUGGCGGUUGUGAUGUGGCCGAACAGCUUGGGCGGGGGUACAGGUUGCUCGGGCGGUGGGGGCGGAGGGGACUUGGGGGGCCUUGCGUCCUCUACGGCGUCGGCGUCGGACUUAUUUGGGCCCGCUGGUUUCGGCGCCUCCGCGGCUGGCCCGUACGGAGCGCUGAAGAGCAACCCGUACGUGAGCGCGCUGGGCAUGCCGCCGAUAGAGGCACUCCACACCAGCAUCGGAUACCCCGGUUGCACGACCGCCGGUGAGUCCUACUACUGUAACCCUCGAAAACAACGGAGGGAACGAACGACCUUCACUAGAGCGCAACUCGACGUGUUGGAAGGUCUUUUCUCCAAGACGAGGUACCCGGACAUAUUCAUGAGGGAGGAAGUCGCCUUGAAGAUCAAUCUUCCGGAGUCCAGAGUUCAGGUGUGGUUCAAGAAUCGCAGGGCGAAGUGCAGGCAACAGCAGAAACAGCAGCAGCAGCAGCAGGAAAAAACGCCGAGAUCGAAGAAGCCCGGAUCUUCAGCUAAUUCCGGCAACAAUCCUCCGUCGGGAAAGAGUCCUUCUAUAGCCGCUGCCGCUCCCGCCCCCCCGGCUAUCGUUCCCGCAACGACACCGCUAAGCGGAGGUACGAGCGGUUCGGCGGCGAGUUCGCCGGCUCUUUUGAGGGACUCCCCUCAGUACAAACCCGCGGGUAGCGCGACGAGUCUACUUUUGGCAGCGAGUACGACUCCGCCGAGUUUGGGUGGCACUGUGUACAGCAGUGGCGGAAGUAGCAGCAGUAUUUGGAGUCCGGCCGUGACGGAAGGCGGGGGUGGUUUUCCCGGGGAUCAUCAAAGAUUAGCUUGGACAACGACCGCGAGUCAGCAGCAAUGUUAUCAAAAUUAUUCCUCCUAUUAUACCAACAUGGAUUACCUUUCCCCAGCACCUCAUCAACUGAACGUAGUGGACGGCGGUGGCAGCGGUCUCGACACGACAUGGAGUAAAACGAGGGACGAGAGUGCGUCUUCUUGGUUUUACAACAGCGCUGGUUGGGGUGAUCGGAAGUGAAUUUCAAGGGGCGUCUCUCCUGCAGAUGUAAUAUACAUAUCACCGAGAGAUCGCUAUGAAUACCGUGGCAAUGAAAAUAAUAAUGAUAAUAAUUAUAUACCGGAAGAUCACGAAGUGUCAUUUACGGAAAGAGACAAAAACGAACGAUUAAUAUAUUUAAGAAUAAAAGAAGAUCUCAAUCUUCAUUACGAAGAGAGUUAGGAAAUAAGGAGAGAAAAAAAGAGAAUUAAAAACUAUGUAAUCUACUUUACCGAAUAUCGAUAAAAACGACACACCAAAGGGAAGAAAAAAUAUCUAUAAGAGUAAAUAAAAAAACUAAAAAAGAAUAUUAUACGAUAUAUAAAUUAUAUAGGUUGAUAAAGUUAGGUUAAUGUAAAUAUAUUAUACAGAUAUUAUUAUUAUGUAAUUAUUAUUAUCGUUAUUAUUACUAGUGAUAAUAUCACCGUGAAUUCGGAUGUAAGCUGGAAAUAUAAAUAUUAUUGAUAACGGUUGAUUUGAAUUGAAACAAAUAAAAACCUAUGUAGAAACUGAAUAUAAAUUUUGUGAAACGAGACGAGUGAAAUAGCCAAUGGGAAAAAAAAAACGAAAAGAAUUAAAAAAAAUCCUCUCUGUGAAUUAAUCAUAGCUUUUAUUAUUAUCGCACCUAUGUAUCUAAGAAAAUGGAAAACCCAGGAAGGUUAUUAUAGAUUCUAUAUAAUUAUUGAUAACAUCGCCCGCCUAUCGCGAUCUCCGAUAGCAAAUGUGUAGAUAAUUAUUACGUGGUGAGGAAAUUCAUCAGAUUAUUUCAAAAUAUCGGUAGAAACUUUUUGUUCUCUUCAUCUCUGGCGAGAGCGUUAACUGCGAGAAAAAACGAACGUUUUUGCGUCAUCGAAAAUAGAUGGCAUUGUAGUUCGUUCCAUAGUCAUCGAAAUACGGUGAUACCCAUAACGAUGUGAGGGCUGAUCUCCUAUGCGCGUACAACAUGUAAAACGAAUGAAUAAAUAUGUACAUAAAGAUCAUCUGCAGAAAACAUGAAUUUCGAUCACGAUAUCAACAAAAAAUUUAUCUAUCAAUUACAAAAUAACGAACAGAACAAGCUGUAUAAAAAUCACACGCGUGUCGACUGUCUGGAUCGCUAAUGAACGAAUGGAUGAACGAAUGAAUGAAUAAGUUUAAAAUUAAUAAAUUCAACAAGAAUUGUAACUAUAUUAAUAUUAAUCUUAUCGAUAACAUGAAUAAUUAUGAAUAUAAUGAAAAAAAAUAAUAAUAAUAAAUAAUAAUAAUAUUAAUGAUAAUAAUGAAAAUGAUGAUAAUAAUAAUUGUGGAGGUGAUGACGGCAACGAUGAAUUACUUGGACGAGUGGACACGACGACGUCAGUAAAAAGGAGAACAAAAAUUAAAAAUAUAAAAAACAAGAAAAUUGUCAUGAAAAUGUAUGAACGAGAAAGCCAA